CCGUCAGCCAGGCGCGCUCCUCAGAGCUGCGCGGAGCCGUCCACGCGCGCUCCCGUCAGCCAGGCGCGCUCCUCAGAGCCGCGCGGAGCGGUCCCCGGCGCGCUCCCGUCAGCCAGGCGCGCUCCUCGGAGCCGCGCGGAGCCGUCCCCGGCGCGCUCCCGUCAGCCAGGCGCGCUCCUCAGAGCCGCGCGGAGCCGUCGCCGGCGCGCGCCGGGCGGCCUGAGGGAGGCGGGUCAGAUCUGCGCGGCGAGGCCGCUGGUCCCGACAGGGUUUCCCGGCGCUCCGGGGCUGAGGGGUUUCAGCCCAGCGGCGCCGGCGCUUGCCCGAGCCCGGGCACCGAGGACUAGGCCGUGGGGCCGCGCCCUGAGUAGCAGAAAGAGAAUGAAAGAAGUAGAUAAUCUUGACAGUGUAAAAGAAGAAUGGGUUUGUGAAACAGGACCUCCUGACAGUCAACCCCUCAAUGAUAAUCAACAAAAGGACUGUGAAUAUUUUGUUGACAGCCUUUUUGAGGAAGCAGGGAAGGCAGGUGCCAAAUGCUUGUCCCCAACUGAACAGAAGAAACAGGUAGAUGUAAAUAUAAAAUUGUGGAAAAAUGGAUUCACUGUCAAUGAUGAUUUUAGAAGUUACUCUGAUGGUGCAAGUCAGCAGUUUCUGAACUCCAUCAAAAAGGGGGAAUUACCUUCAGAAUUACGGGGAAUUUUUGAUAAAGAGGAGGUGGAUGUUAAAGUUGAAGAUAAGAAAAAUGAAGUAUGUAUGUCUACAAAGCCUGUGUUCCAGCCCUUCUCAGGACAGGGCCACAGACUAGGAAGUGCUACACCAAGAAUCGUUUCUAAAGCAAAGAGUGUUGAAGUUGACAAUACAAGUCCUGUGUCUGCUGUUUCACUGAACAACUUGGAGGUGAGCCACAUCAAAGACUUCAUUGAAAAAUACCAAGGACCUCAGAGAAGCCCUCCCUUUGCCCUGGCAACAGCCCUUCCUUUCCUCAGGUUUCUGGAUGAAANGCUCACAUUGGAAGAAGCAGAUUUGAAGAAUGCUGUAAUCAUUCAGAGACUCCAAAAAACUGCCGAGCCUUUUCGAAAACUUUGAUAGUUUUUAUUUUUGAGAGACUGAGAAAAAUGAUGGUUGCAAGUAGACAUGCAGAGUGGGAGACAGAAGUCAAUGUGACAAAACUUNCGGUUUGAGGGCUUCUUAANCCCUUAUGAGGGGGUUCAGUCGUCACAAGCUAGGAGAGUGACAUGGCUCUAAGCCAGGGUCAGUGCGUUUUCCUCAACAGGCUAUUCAGAUAUUAGUUAGCCAAUAUGACAUAUUAAAUAGCUGUGUCAUUAAUCUUAAUGUGGUCUAAAUUAGCAGAGUAUUCAAUUAGCUAAAUCAACAUCAGCAUUCAAAUAUUAUUUCCAAACAGCAGAUAUUUAUAUAAAUGUUAGCUAUCUCAGUUUUUAAAUAGCAAUACAUUAAAAUAUUAUCCAUGCCAUAUUAAAAGCAUCAAUGUAGUUAUUAUAUUGCCUGUGCUUCAUCCUCNGAGCUUUUCAGUUUCUACUCUGUGAUGGCAAAAGAUACUCAAAUACUCAUUUGGCAACAGUAUCCAAGAAUGUAGACUUCUAGGAAUAAAAUUGUGUAGCUUAGUAUAAUAUCAAUACGAAUCUAUAUACACAGUUUUCUAUGCCUUCUACAUGUAGUUUUAUGGACUGGGAAUGUAGUUCAGUGGUAGGGAUUAUUUGCCAUGAGACUAGUUUAAAUCCAUCCCAGCNCUACAAAAAAAAUCCUUUCAAUUUGUAAUGUAAAAGCACACACAAAAAAAUUCUUCAAAGCUGGGUGGUGGUGGUGGCAAA